AUGUCAACCGAAAAUUGCUUGGUGAAAGCAAUUUAUUCUUUCAAGGGAAAAAAUAAUGACGAGCUAUGUUUCAAAAAAGGCGAUAUUAUAACUGUUACCCAAAAAGAAGAAGGUGGAUGGUGGGAGGGAACUUUAGGCGAGACUACUGGCUGGUUCCCAAGCAACUAUGUGACUGAACAUAAAGAUCCAUCGGGUAGUGUAACAACAUCCCCUAUAAGAGCAGCAUCAGAAAUACAGGCAUUCAGAAAUGUAGUUCUCAAAGAUAUAAUAGACUCUGAGAAGGCUCAUGUAGCUGAAAUGCAGGGACUUGUCAGCAAUUUCUUACAGCCUUUGGAGAAAAGUGAAAUGCUGACAAGAGAUGAAUUCAAGCAGUUGACAGGCAAUAUAAAUGAAGUGCUUCAAGUACAUGAGCAGUUCCUGGCAUUAUUAGAUGAAUGUGCGACAAAGACUGGGCCUGAUCAAAGAGUGGGUGGGCUGUUUUUACAAUGGGCACCAAAAAUUAAGAGUGUACAUCAAAGUUAUUGUGCUGGCCAUCCAAAAGCAGUUUGUAUUCUGGAUAAAUACAAAGAAGAAUUGAAUACAUGGAUGGAAGAAGCUGGUGCUGUAUGUCCUGGGGUGCUUGUCUUGACAGCUGGCUUAUCAAAGCCAUUCCGGAGGUUGGGGAAAUAUCCUGCAAUGCUACAGGAGCUCGCUAGGCAUGUCCAUGAAGCACAUCCAGAUAGGGGCGACACUCAUCGAGCAUCUGUUGUGUAUAAGGAUAUAGCUAGUGGUUGUGCUGCAUUACGGCGACAAAAAGAGUUAGAGCUCCAAGUGGUUACUGGCGAGGUUCGCGGCUGGCCAGGAGGUGAACUGGCAUCUCUUGGUGAUGUGUUACAUAUGGGCAGUGUAGCAGUAGGCCCCUCACAUCAAGACCGUUAUCUUGUACUCUUCCCAUCAGCAUUACUCUUGCUUUCUGUCAGCAAGAGAGUGUCUGCAUUUGUGUAUGAAGGUUGUCUUCCACUAACUGGCAUCACAGUCUCUAAAUUAGAUGAUACAGAUACCAGAAAGAAUGCAUUUGAAAUAGGCGGACCAAUGAUAGACACGAUUGUAGCCGUGUGUCAAACAAGAGCUGAAGCUGACAAUUGGGUCAGUCUGUUACAAAAACACUCCAACACCAGCAGCCCUGCUCAUGAGCCUGGACAACCACAAUCAUUGCCACAUAUGGCCAUGAGCGACAGCAAUAACUCUGAUUUAUCGUCUGGUCUAACAAACCAUAAAAGAUCACAUUCAUUCAACAAUCAUCAAAGCUACACACAACAUACGCAACAAACGCAAAAAAAUAAACAAAAGAAUCAGUCGGCGCGCUGGCUCUUAAAUUCGUGUGACUCACUUGACCAAUCACCUGCUAAGUCAAAUAAAAGUCCUAUCGGUAAAAAGUUUUCAUCUGUGGAUUUCAUCGACACGGCUGGCUCGAACUACAGCAAUAAAGGGUGGAGCAUAACAUGUUUACGGCCAGCACCGCCUCUCAGACCGCAAUCUUUCACGGUGGGUUCCGACGAAAACAUUGGGCCGACGCACCCUUAUGCGCCACAUCAACGAAAGUCCAAUUCUUAUGAAGAGGACGCUCUAAUAUUAAAAGUUAUCGAGGCUUACUGCACCUCGGCGCGCUGCAGAAAUGCUGUAAGUUCAGUGGACUGCGGCCACUUGUCUCUCGGUAAAGUACAAUAUCACGCACCCGCUACUAACAUACCUCACUAUAACUACACUAAACUUCCGACCGUCCAGCGAAGUAACACGCCCGAAUAUUCCGGCUGUAGUAAAACGACAAAAGUAAAACGUAACAAAAGCUCCUCUGCGGCGGACGCAUACUUGUAUCGAGGCCCGGACACGAGGAGGCUGCUGUCAGACCGAAAAUUCGACAUGAAUCGCUCUAAUCCCAAUCUGUGGGAGUGUUCCGAGGAGCGCAGACAGAAGUUGAUAUGCGGCCGGGAGCGCCGCAGCGGCUCGCACCCGAGCCUGGCCGCGCCGCUCCGCGCUGUGCUCACCGUCCCCUCGCCUUCCACCACGUCCCGCUCCGCGCGCUCCUCUACUUGGUGUUGUGGCACCUUUGUCAAACAACUCACGAAAUCUCAUCAUUUUGAUUGA